ACGCGUGCACGUACCGUACGACGCGUCGUCGACCGGCCGUACACGGUUUCGGGUUUCUCUGUUUUUUGUUUUUCAGAAACAAAUUUAUUUCACGUCACCAGCAUGGCUGGUGAAGGAGUCUCUUUCAGGUCAUUUGUCUCUGAGACAGAACUUGAAGACAAGCGAAGACAAAGGCAAGAAGAAUGGGAAAAAGUUCGCACCGCCGACCAGCCACUUGAAUGCCCAGAGGAGGACAAUGACCCUCGGAGUCUUUAUGAGAAACUACAGGAACAGAAAGAAAAGAAACAGGCUGACUAUGAAGAACAGUUCCAAUUCAAAAACAUGGUCAGAGGUAUUGACGAAGACGAGAGCAAAUUCUUAGACCAGGUUGCCGACCGGCAGAUGGAGUUGCAGACCAAACGAUUGAGGGAGGAGAAAAACUUGCUGAAGGAGAUGAAAGAAUACACAGAAAGAGUGGUACCUGCAAGUGAACCGAAGGUAAAGCUGAUGGACAGACCGCUGCCAACAGAAAAGACAACGGUGGCCAAAGUGGGCGGAGCGUCGUCGAGUAAGAGAACACAAGCCUCCCUCCUCGCUGGUGUCGUCAAGAGGAAGAGAAGUGACUCAGAUGACAGAAACGGAGAGAAAAAAGUCAAGAGUUCAUCAUUGUUGGCAGCAUCGUCUGAGCGCGCAACGUCAACAUCACAGAAUGGGCCCGAUACCAUACAGAGCACUACCAGUGACCCACAGACAGCCAGUAGUACUCAUGCAAUGGUCAGCGAAACUGCUGAGCGGCCACUGGUGGACGCAGGGGACAAAGCCCAAGUGGUCAGCAUCCUCCCCGGACUCGGUUUCUAUAGCAACAGCAGUGACUCAGACACUUCGAGCAGUGACUCGGAGGUGGAUUUACUCAAUUCCGUGGUCCACAGGAGACCCAAAAAGAAAGGCAAUACAACAUGAACCCCAGAGCAAAAUUGUUGGUGAUACUAGAUUUUGUGUAUGCAAAAGCUUAGAUGCUGUCUUUGAAAGCCUUUUUUCACAUGUAGUUGAUGCGUUUGCCGUUGACUAGGCAGAGACAACCAUUACUCUGUGGGGUGUUUUGUCAAGAAACUCCUUCAUUCUCCAAUACCAACUACUCUGCAGCAACCAACGGCCACACUCUCUGUACCUGAACUUUCAUCAAGCAUCAAGCCACAUGUAAGUAAAUAGUGGCUAAACUCUAUCGGUCUCACCUAACUUGUCAAGUCCAAGCCAUGUCCUGCAGGUCCCAAUUUCAUGGAAGUGUUGAGAAAAAAAAAAUCUCUUAGCAAAUCUCUAAAACCAGCCCCUCACUGUAAACUUUGCAAGACGCUUUGGCUGGUGACCUUUUUCUGCUAAGCAUGCAUUUUCUUUGAUUAUGAGGUCUGUAAAUUAGCCUCUGUUAGAUUUUGAAGGAUCUGGGAGGGAUAAAGUUCGAUCAGAUACCUAAUGAUGCUGGGCAAGGAUGCUUAGAAAUGGGAGUAAUAGUGUCAAUUUGCUGGAUAAUAUAUGAAUUAAAAGGACCGACAGCAGACUGAAAAUGUACUUUAUUUCAGCUCUCUUUGUAUACUAAAGUGGUUAAGAGGUGAUAUUACAUCAGAUGGGUUCAGGAUAAAUACUUCCAGCUUUUCCACCAUCUGUUUCUUAGGUGUGCACUAGAUUUUCAGUUUCAAACUCUCCAAAGCAAGCUGCAUAUGCAAUGCAUAAGCCGUGCCUAAAUCAUGCGGCUAUGGCUAGCCUGAAUACGAACCACAGGAAAUGCACUCGGCCACAAGCCGAUAGUCUCCAUACUGUAGCAAAGUAUUGAGCUUGGACACAGCCAACUACAUGACGCCCCACAGCACAAACAUAGGAAAAAGGAAGCAAUAGAAUGAAUUGAAACUUAUUUUAUUGGAAGUAGCAAUAGUCUUACCAAAAACAAUGAGGUUUGGUACAGAUUGCUAUUUCCCAUUGAUGAGCAGUGUGUGAAAAUAUUGGUGAAAAGUACAAAAGUUAUUGACUCCACAAUAUUGUAUUUACCAGUAAUGGUUUAUACAAUUCACUCCUUGAAGCCAAAUUCUGCUAAGAAAUGUUUCUGGUGGGUAAUUCAUUUCGGCAGGUUUGUUGUAAGGACUAUUUUAUGACUACAUUAGGGAAGGCAGCUACAAAAGACAUUUGAACAGGACACACAUAUUUUAUGCUAUAAAUUAUUGACAUAAUUGUUGAUUUUUAUUAAAUUUGUCGUUGGCAUUACACGAUCUACUUUCAAGUGGUAUUGAUUUUAAAAUGCAUCUUUCGUGACUUUCCAUCCCUAAAUAUUAACAGAAUACAUGUGAACUAUUGAAAGCAUAAAUUUCAGUCACAUUCAAAUUUCAAAUGUUGCCACGCAUGUUUCAAUGAAAUAAAUACAGCACAGAACCUAUCAAUCAAAAAUCAAUCACACUGACCAAGAGACUGGAUCACUGCAUUUUGCGUUUAAUUGAUUCUGUAAGAAUGUGUGAGAUACAAAUUUGUAAGAUGAUACAUAAGCCAUACAAAUAAGUAGAAAUAUUACAAAAAAGUGUUUUGUAAAAAUCUGUUUGCAUUACCAACUGGAUUUGGAAUAUUGGCAAAUAAAUAUAUAAGAUGAUUACUUUU